UAAGAGAGCCCAGAGGCCCCAGCCCAGCUGCGGGCUCAGAGGCAGAGCUCAGGGCGCGUCCACCAUGGCCUGGACCCCUCUCCUGCUGCCCCUCCUCACUCUCUGCACAGGCUCCGUGGUCUCCUAUGAACUGACCCAGCAGACUUCAGUGUCAGUGGCCUUGGGACAGACGGCCAAGAUCACCUGCUCGGGGGACCUUCUGGAUGAAAAAUAUACAUCUUGGUACCAGCAGAAGCCAGGCCAGGCCCCUGUGCAGGUCAUUUAUAAAGAUAGUGAGCGGCCCUCGGGGAUCCCUGACCGGUUCUCUGGCUCCAGCUCAGGAAAAACAGCCACCUUGACCAUCACCAGUGCCCAGAACGAGGACGAGGCCGACUAUCACUGUCUGUCAGCUGACAGCAGUGAUGAUUUUGUCUUCGGCGGCGGGACCCGGCUCACCGUCCUGAGUCAGCCCAAGUCCGCACCCUCGGUCACUCUGUUCCCGCCCUCCAAGGAUGAGCUCAACACCAACAAGGCCACCCUGGUGUGUCUCAUCAGCGACUUCUACCCGGGUAGUGUGACCGUGGCCUGGAAGGCAGACGGCACACCCAUCACCCGGAACGUGGAGACCACCCAGGCCUCCAAACAGAGCAACAGCAAGUAUGCGGCCAGCAGCUACCUGACCCUGACGGGCAGCGAAUGGAAAUCUAAAGGCAGUUACAGCUGCGAGGUCACGCACGAGGGGAGCACCGUGAAGAAGACAGUGAAGCCCUCGGAGUGCUCUUAGGGCCCUCUCGCCCUCACCCCCCCCCCCAGCUCUCCGUGGACCCCUGAGCCCCCGCCCAGGUCGGCUCAAACCAGGGGGCUCUCCUCCCUCCCUCUUCCUGCUUCUCCUGAAUAAAGACCUUGUCAUUUAUCAGCCGA